AUGGACGAGGAGACUUCAGCCCCUGUUCCGGUUCCAGUGGAUGUCGAAGGUUCUGUGGAGCCUUCCACCCCCACAUCAGCAGCAGAGGAUACCAUUGCUCAGCUUUCCUUUGGUGGAAGCGGAAGCAGUGAUAAAAGUACCAAGAUCGCGAGUGGCGCACAAGUGGCUGUGAGCCCUUCCAGCACCUUUUCUCAAGAUGUGGCAGCGCCUGCAGCUGACGAGAUAAAAUCUGUACCAGUUCAGGAAGACUCAUUGGUCAUUGCCACAGAGGCCGAAAAAGCAGUCUCGGAACCUCUGGCGACACCCACCGAAGAGACUAUGAACAGCGGCACUGCGAUGGAGGGAAGAAACAGUGAUGAUCCAUCAGAAUUCAAAGAUGAGGAGGAGGGACAUGGUUCAUCCGAAAAGAGAGGACUAUUAUUUGUGGAGGAUGGGAUUGAGACGAAACAAGUGCUCACAGAAGAUGCUUACUCGCUGCUAUAUACAGCUGAUUUCUUCAGCGUGACAACAGUGUAUGCACUCGUAAUCAUCCUCCUACAAGGAGGAAUGCUGGGUCUCACUUUUUGGGACCUGAUCAAGCCUGGAGGCGAAACAAACAACGGACGCAACACAAUUGGAAUUCCGCCUGGAGCCACGCCACAAGUCAUGAUUGCUCAGCUUCUUGGAAUGAUCCUGACAGUCAUGGUCAUGGCAGCAGAAGGAGACUUUGUCAUUGGUAUCUCACAGCUUAUUGAAGGAUAUGAUGAUAAGUACAAGGAUAAGUUCCCAAAUGCUACCUGGACUCGUUGGCUGGUAACUGCCGUCCUGCAGACGAUAUCGGGAUCCUUUUUGUUGAUCGAUUCCUUCAUAUUGGCCAUGCAAAGCUCCACUGUCAUUGAUUUGAGUCUCAAUCUGACUGCAUUGUAUUUUAUCCAAGAGAUUGAUGAGGGAGCCUUUCAGCUCGGUCUGACUGGUAUGAUUGCUGGACGAAUCAAGACUGACUGUGAAAAAGUCCAAGAAUGGGAACAUGAAACAACCAAAGAAUACCGACGACAGGUGCUUCUCCUCAAACGACGCCUUAUUUUCUUCAUGUUGGUCGCACUUCUUGUUCCAUAUUUCGUCCUUGUAGGAAGGCAAGCUGGGGGUGUGUAUGUCUGUGACAACUUGUAUGUCCAGUUUGGAGAUGCCUUUGAUCCCAAAUGGGGUCAUUAUAGUGGUAGAUUCAAGAGUCAGGGCAAUGGCUUGGUUGGUGGUGAUCGACAGGACUCGAGAAACUUUUACAUUGAUGAAGCCACAGGACAACUUCAGCUAGCUUACUGCGAGUCCGAAGAGGCCUGGACAUUUUCGUUAGUGGAAAGUGGGAACAGUUGUGAAUACAUCUUCAAGUCAGCCGAUACAGACACGUUCGAUAUCAUGGAAGUGGCUGAUCAGGAUUGGUUCUACAACACAGGAGAGGUGGAAGGCUCGGAAGCAGAAAUGGGAGAUGUCAAGGUAGAUUGGUUGGCAAUAAUCUGCAAUGAUUGCAAUGAAGACAUCUGCAAUCCUGAAUAUGGAACAUGUUCAGACACAACAAACAAGUGUGAAUGCAAGGAAGGGCGGUAUGGGCUAAAUUGCGAGUUCAAUGGAACCACGUGUGGUGGCUUCUCGCUCAACAUGAGAACAGCUUCAGGCCUAUCAUCCAUUCCAUCAGCUUCCUACUUUCUUGAACGUACUGAAUACGUCGCGAUAUCAGAGAACAUCACUUUGUAUGACCGGUUCAUUUAUGCUCCAAGAAAUCCCAUUGUUGCGUAUAUGCGCCACGGGGACGACACGGCACAGAUCUCAAGCUUCAUCGUAUUCACAGGAAGACGCUUUGUUCUGUAUGGAGUGCCAGAGACAAGCUUUGAAAUCGGAGUUAGGUCAAACUGGACAGUAGGGGAUUUCUAUGCAUAUUUUAUUGAACAAGAUUCCAACAACCGCCCAUUCCAAAUGCUCAAGAACCUCACUGCAUCCUCGCCAAAUUAUUUCCCAUUGCUUUUCAGCUCUCCAGUUAACUAUGGCCAAGACUCAUACACUUUUGAUCCUGUCGGGUUGACAUGGGUACUGGCAACUGAAGAGGGAGUCAAAAAUGGUGUCUUAUCUCGGAGCCCUGAUGAUGACAAGUCAACUGGUGCACAGUUGCUUUGCUCAUUCUGUGGCGAUGAGAUUAACCAAUGUCACAAUGGUGCCUCUUGUGUUGGCAACACCUGCGGAUGUCCUGACUUUUUUGAUGGACACAGGUGUGAAAGAGCCCUUAAUUGCAUUGAUAUGGGGGGUUGCUACAAUAACGGAACUUGCAAUACUUUGUCUGGCUUGUGCGAUGAGUGCAAUGAAGGGACUUUCGGAAGGCUGUGUCAGUACGGCAACAACAACACGGAACAUUACUUCUGCUACUAUAAGUGCGUUGAGGGAUGGCCAACUUACUGUUACCCCUUUGACCAGAAAGUAAAAUGCGACUGCUUCGAUGAGUCUCUGUAUGGAGGUGAAUUCUGCGAUGUUCCAGCAACCAACGGGGGCUGA